AUGAACGACGCAUCAAGAGAUGAGUUUGUGGGGGUGAUGGACGAGAUGACCCGAAGCAUGUCUUCAGCCCGAGAACUCUUAUCCUCCUUACGACAAAAAAAAGACACGUCCGAGAUGGACUUCACAGCCGGCAUAUCCCUCCUCUCGCUCAAACACGAGCUAAUGCUCGGCUACAUCCACACCCUCGCCCUCCUCACCGCCCACCGCGCUCUGAACCACUCGCUCGCUCCCUCCGACGACACUGUGCCGGCCUUACCUGGAUUUGCGAGCGCAGAGAGGGACGAGCGAGGGAGCGAGCCGGCCGAUCUCGUCGGCGCGCUCGUCGAGCGGAGGCUGGUGCUCGAAAAAGCCAAAGUCCUCGAAGGACGCAUGCGAUACCAGAUCGAGAAGCUCGUCCGGCUAUCCGAGGAAGACGCAGGCGGCGCAUCAGCGCUGAACGAUCCCCUCGCCUUCCGCCCGAACCCGUCCGCGCUCGCGGGCGCUUCGUCCGAAGAGGACUCAGAAGAAGAAGAUUCGGCCGACGAGCGCAAGACGUCCGGCGUCUACCGCCCGCCCAAGUUAGCGCCCAUGCCCUACACCGACGCGCCGCGCGGCAAAGAAGCCAAAGCUGCCGCCAAGCGCCGGCCCAUCCCGUCCACACUCGCCGCGCUCGCGCACCUCGAUCCCUCAGCGCCGCAUAUUGAGUCUACAUCAGGCCUGGGCGCCGCGCCGCAGCAUGCGUCCGCGAGGGCACGGGAGCUGGCGCGCAUGACGGAGUACGAGGAGGAGAAUUUCACGCGGCUCGUUAUGAAGAAGUCUGCGGCGAAGAGGAGGGUGCGGGACGAGGAGGAUAUCGCGCUCGGCGGAUCUGGGUUGGGUGAAAGGGUUGCGGGGCGGAGAGGGCGGGGAGGGGGGCUGGAGGAUGAGUUUGCGGAUGUGUUUAGGGG